UCUUUCUGUGUAAAUUAUGCUGUGCAUUUAUCUUUCCCUGGAAAUGCACAGUGAAAGUUUGGAAUCUCUGCUUGCUUCCUGCCAUGAAUGUUGCUCAGUUUUCAUACCAUCAUCUUCCCUUCAUUGGUUCUAGCUGGCAAUAUUCAAUGCUUAGGAUUUCCACAAAUCAUUCACUUCUUUUGUAGUUUUUGAUUCAAGUAUUUAAGUACAGCAUUUUGUGCUUUCAUGGACUUUGUUUUUAAAGUCCUAUACCACACACUUCUGUUACAAGUCUCAAGUUCUUGUACUGAAAAGCCUGCAUUUCACAGAAGAUAGUUGAAACUCUAUUUGUGUUGUCUAGCUUUUGGAUUCAUUAUCAGUUCCCAAAUUCUCUAUAGGAAUUGUUUCUGUUAAAUUAUUCAUCAUCCCAAGUUAUCUUUUGAUACACUGGGAAAACUUAGCCCUUUUUCUUUUUUGCCUUGAAUACAAUUUUUGUUUCAUACAGAAGGAAAUUUCUUAGAAAUUUGUUUAUUCUUUGGUUCCAAAACCUGUUCUUUGGGAUUUUUGUUCCCAUUUUGGUUUAUCAUCCUUUUCCAAAUUUAAUUUGGAACCAAACCAAAGCUGAGAACUGGCAAUAUUCAGCUAUUGUGUUGCUGAAGAUUGAAGCAGAGAAUUAGACGAGUUGGAUAUUUAACAGCAUGAAUUUUUUAACAGGACCUUCAAAGAAUUCUUGGGAGCCAAUCAUGACUGGGGACACAACAACCCCAAGUUACUGGCUUAACUGGAGGGUGUUGCUUUGUUCCAUUUGGUUAUUAAUCUCGUUGGUUUUAGCAUCAAUUCUUAUUUCCAAGUAUGAAUGUUUGCGCAAUUCGAAAAGUAGAAGUAAGGAAAGACUCAAAGAUUCAGCCGGAGUUUUGUAUGAAGAUGAAGUUUGGAGGCCCUGCCUCAGAAGCAUACAUCCUGCUUGGCUGCUGGGAUACAGAAUUGUUGCUUUUAUUGUGCUAGUAUUAAUGCUGAUCCUAAAUGUUGCCGUUGAUGGAGGAGGCAUUUUUUUAUACUAUACACAGUGGACCUUUACAUUGGUUACUUUCUAUUUUGCGCUUGGAUCUGUGCUCUCCAUGUAUGGAUGUUACCAAUAUCACAAUAGAAUCGGUGCUCGAUAUGAUGAUGAGAGGGUUGAUACUGAGCAUGGUGCUGAUGGAACCUCCAGAAAUGCUGCAGAAAACUCAAAUGUGUCCAAUGGUGCAAAAGGCUUUGACCCUAGUGAGCAACUACAUGAUCGGAAGAUUGCUAGUUUUUGGGGUUAUGUGUUUCAGAUCAUUUUCCAGAUGAAUGCUGGAGCUGUAUUGCUGACGGAUUGCGUGUUUUGGUUCAUAAUUGUACCGUUUCUUGCCAUCAAAGAUUACAGACUGAAUUUUUUGAUUAUAAAUAUGCACUCAAUCAAUGCUGUUUUUCUGCUUGGUGAGACUGCAUUAAACUGCUUGCGGUUCCCUUGGUUCCGAAUUGCAUACUUUGUCCUAUGGACAGUUGUUUAUGUCAUUUUUCAAUGGAUUGUUCAUGCUUGUGUUUCACUUUGGUGGCCCUAUCCAUUCCUUGAUUUAUCAUCUCCAUAUGCUCCGCUGUGGUACUCAUCUGUGGCAUUGCUGCACAUACCAUGUUAUGGUCUUUUUGUUCUGGUAAUUAAGCUGAAACACUUUCUUCUGUCAAAAUGGUUCCCGCGGUCUUAUCAAUGUGCUCGGUAAUGCGUGCUGAAUCCAGUCUUGAAGCCAAACUCAGCUCCAGAAGGAAAAAGUUGGUUUUCUCCCUUGAAUAUACUUGCUAAACAGGAAAUCAAGAAUGCUAUCCAUGACAACCAAGGUUAUUUUGAAGAUCAGAUUUUGAAAGGUGUUACAGAAAUACAGCAUACUGUUACAGUAGGUGCAAGAGACCAUUACGGGGGGUGCUGCAUUAAAUUUUGGUUUGCAGCACACAAAAUCUAGUCAAGCAAGUAGAGCAAAAUCUUGUUCAUGCAACCGUUUUCCAGUGCUAACAGACAUGUAACUGUACACAGAUGGUAGAGAAAUACAUAAUAAUUUCCAUAA